CACGGGUUGACCCGGUUACUGUUGCAAUAUUAUCCAAUUCGGCUACGGGCAUAUAUAUUUAAUAUAUAACAUAACCUAGGUAACUAGUGAAUGUGCUGUAUGGUUGGAGAGGUGAUCGUUGGAUCGUUCAAGUUAAAAGGGACUUGUUUUGCGUAAUCUGUGGCAGGGCAAGUGAACGAUAGAGUAUGGGGAGAGCUUCAAGGGAUAAGAGGGAUAUCUAUUAUCGCAAAGCAAAAGAGGAAGGUUGGCGUGCUCGAAGUGCCUUUAAACUCCUUCAGAUAGAUGAGGAAUUCAACAUUUUUGAAGGAGUGAAGCGUGUUGUAGAUUUGUGUGCUGCCCCGGGUAGCUGGAGUCAGGUUUUGAGUCGUAAAUUGUAUCUCCCAGCCAAGCUUGCGCCUGAUUCAAACGGUGAAAAUCUUCCUCUUAUUGUUGCUAUUGAUUUGCAACCAAUGGCUCCAAUUGAAGGCGUCAUUCAGGUGCAGGGAGAUAUAACUAAUGCUCGAACAGCUGAAGUGGUCAUUAGACAUUUCGAUGGCUGCAAGGCUGACCUGGUUGUCUGUGAUGGUGCUCCUGAUGUUACUGGGCUUCAUGACAUGGAUGAGUUCGUACAAUCCCAACUCAUACUUGCAGGGUUGACAAUUGUUACUCAUGUACUUAAGGAAGGAGGAAAGUUUAUUGCAAAGAUAUUUAGAGGAAAGGACACGAGCCUUCUGUAUUGUCAGCUAAAGUUAUUCUUUCCUGUAGUGACAUUUGCAAAACCAAAAAGCAGCCGCAAUUCUAGCAUUGAGGCAUUUGCAGUCUGUGAAAACUAUUCCCCUCCUGAAGGAUUCAAUCCAAAAGAUCUGCAUCGGCUUCUUGAGAAGGUUGGAAGUCCCUCGGGGGUAGAUGAUACAGAUUGUUGUAGUGGAUGGUUGGAAGGCCCUAAUAAGGUGUAUAUCCCAUUUCUAGCUUGUGGCGACCUCAGAGGUUAUGAUUCUGAUCGCUCAUAUCCAUUACCUAAAGUUGAUGGGGGGACAUAUCAGAGCUUGGAUCCUGUACAACCCCCAAUUGCUCCACCUUACAAGAGAGCUCUGGAGCUAAAAAAGGCCUCCAAUCAAGGAGUUCGAGAACCUGAAAACCUCUCGUUGGAUUCUUGAUCGUGCUACACUGAUUAUUCAUAAUGUCAUUUAGAACUGUGUUUUUCGAUUAUAAAUUAUUAACGUACGUGUGAACUUUA